UGCAGUCCGCUCCCCGUCGUAGUUGAGUAAACUCCACGGACAUUAGCGGCCGCAGCCACCGAGCCGGAGUGAAUUAAAGCCGCUCGAUAAACGACCGUGUGACCGAGUGGGAGCGAAAGAAAGCCCCGGUGUGUAACAGCGAGUCCUCCGCACCACUUCUGCGGGCAGCAGAGGGAACGAGGCUCCGGCUGAACGGAGUUGUAGUGACCGGGAGACACUGAGCGCCAGGCGGGGAGAGGGAGAGCGAGCUCGGCGGGAAUGGCUUCAUCUCCGUGCGGCAACAGCAACUUCGAUUCCGGGCUGGAGAUCAAAACUCGCUCGGUGGAGCAGACGCUUAUUCCUUUAGUGUCCCAGAUCACAACUCUGAUCAACCAUAAAGACAAGCCAAAGAAGUCUGAGCGCACCCUGGCAGCCAUACACAGGGUGGGCCAGGCCGUGAGUGUGGCUGUGGGACGCUUUGUUGCUGUCGGGGAAGCCAUCGCCGGCGAGAACCAGGAGCUGAAGGAUGAGAUGGGUCAGGCCUGCUUCGAGGCGCGCAGAGCAGGUGAUGCCAUCGCCCAGCUGACAGACGUGGGAUCGGUGUUGCCCACCCAGUCAGACGGAUGUGUCACCGUGUUCAGUGAAAGGACAGGGAUGGUGAAGGCUGCACGCUUGCUCCUCUCUUCAGUCACUAAAGUGCUGGUGUUAGCUGAUCGCAUCGUUAUCAAACAGAUAAUCACGUCACGGAACAAGGUCCUGGUAACCCUUGACCAUCUGGAAAGAGUCAGCACCUUCCAGGAAUUUGUCCAGAUUUUCAGCCAGUUUGGCAACGAGAUGGUGGAGUUCGCCCACCUCACCGGAGACAGACAGAACGACUUGAAGGACGAGAAGAAGAAAGCGCGGAUGGCAGCAGCCAGAGCGGUGCUGGAGAAAUGCACCAUGAUGCUCCUCACAGCCUCCAAGACUUGCCUGAGGCACCCAGAUUGCGAGUCGGCGCGCAUCAACAAAGACGCAGUGUUCCACCGAAUGCGCUGCGCCCUGGAGCAGGUCAUCGAGAUAGUCACCGAGGCGCGGAGCUGCGGGGAGAACAAGAUCCUUCCUACCAGCAUCUACAACGGCAUCAAGGACUUCAAGUCCAGUGUGGAGUGCCUGCGGGAGAACCUGUACUCCUCAUCCCCCCAGAGCGUCGGCAGCCAGCUGGAGGCGUUGGUGGAGCGGACGGAGGAUUUCACCGACUCGGCCUACACCAGCCACGAGCAGCGGCAGGCCAUCCUCAGCGUGUGCCAGCUGGCGCGCCAGGACACUCAGCAGCUGAUGAACGCCUGGAUCGAGGCGCAGUCUGUCCACGCCAAAGAGGCCACGGAGGACAUGGAGGUGGCCAUCCUGAAGACGUGCCAGAGCGUCGGUGAACUCAGACGUGAGCUCCAUAAAGUGGCCGUCGGCCGAGCCUCAGACCUGCUGAAGGUUCACGGAGAGCAGUUGCCUCUGCGGGCCCUCAAAGCCGGGGGGGCCGAGGGAAACAUUGAGGCAGUGGCGGAGUAUUCCCGCAAGCUCACCGAGCAGAAGGAGCAGCUGGUGGAGACCUGUCGGCUGUUGUGCCAUGUGUCGGGGAGCGAGCCUCUGGAGAUCACCUGCGUACACGCUGAAGAGACCUUCCAUGUCAUCGGUCCACAGAUCAUGUCGGCGGCCCAGACGCUGGCCCUCCACCCGUCCAGCAAGAUCGCCAAGGAGAACCUGGAGGUGUUCUGCGAGGCCUGGGAGUCGCAGCUCGGUGACAUGGCCCUGCUGCUGAGAGAGAUCAAUGACGUCUUUGAAGGCAGACGAGGAGACAAAAGACCUUAUUUGUCACUUCCAAGACCCGGGAAACACAUGGCUAACUUGAAGACUGUCAAGGCUGUCAAGCUGGAUGCGGAGGUAACGUGUACCGUGAACUCUUCUGGCCUUCAGCACGAUACAUCACGUCACGUCUCGCGCCCUGUUCUGACAGCGGAGCAGACAAGCAUGGCCAAGCUGGGCCUGGAGCUCCGUCUGCUGUCCUCAGACGUGGACACAGAGGUGGAGAAGUGGCAGGACCAAGAACAUGACAUUGUCAGGCAGAGCCAAAGCUUGGCCAGUAUGGCCUACAACAUGCACCUGUUCACCAGAGGGGAGGGGCUGCUGAAAACAACCCUGGAUCUUUUCCAUCAAGCCGAGGUUCUUUCUGAAGAGGGGCUCCAGCUGUGCUCAGCUCUCCGCACGUUUUCCACUCAGCUGGUUGAUGGGGAAAAGUCUGCGGUGAUGACAGAGAUGGAGAAACUGGUGGCACUGUGCCAGCAGCUGCAGAUGGGGGCCAAGACUCCUGUACAGGGCAAGACUGCCACCUUCCAGAAGGUGGACUCAUCCAUUCAGACGGCGAGAGGCAUCUUGGCUGUGGUUGUCUCCGUCCUCCCAUUCUGUAACAAGCUCAAUAAAAAGUACAAGUCAGAGAGAAGCAGCCUGGGCUCCCCGCAUGACUGGAGAGAGAGGCAGGAUGCGUCGACACCUGUCAAAGAGGAGGGAGCUCUCAACAGCAUGAACAGCAACGGCUUCGGUGUCAAGUCAAUGGAGCAGCACAUGGCCGGUCUCAACCUGCUGGAGAGCAAAUAAUCCAGGAAAACGGUCGCACACUGAUUUGUACACUAUUCUCCCUCGGAGCAGCACAUAGACCAACUCACCUUCCUUGAGAACGUGUAAUCCAGGAAAUACUUUACUCCCCUCAUCCUCAUUCACCCACCACGAAGUGGGCCAGAGCUGCUGGGUGAAGCUGGCAGCUUUGGGUUAGUCAGAGUUUGUAUUUGCUGUCUGGAGGGUGAAUCUAUUUAAGGUUUAUAAGGAAAAAGCAGACCCGAGCUUUCGGUGCCCAUGAGGGUAGUUUGUUCCCUGAAGUGCCAGUUCCACCCCAGUCCACAAGAUGGAGACAAUCAGCCAAUAGUAAGACUUUGCCAUUAGUAUCGAGCCUUUUCUGGCACAAGCCUGAUAAAUUGCAAUCACCCUUCAUUAAGUUGAUCAUCUGUUGGUGAACCAGGAAGGAAGUUCACUUAAUGUUCAGCUCGGCCAUACACACGUCUUCACUACGUGCCUCUGCGUAAGAAGUCUAUUUGCUUUGUGGUGUUCUGUAAACUUGUUGCACACGUUUGCCAAAUGGGGGGAAAAAACAGUGGAUUGAAACCCCACCCUGCAUGAUGUCACCGUCACCAAGCCCUUGUGUUCCAGUCUCCUAUGCUCAUUGUGCCAUAGGCUUGUAAUGUCAAUACUCUGUAUGUCAUUUUAGCCAUUGUGGUACGUUCUGUCCUCGAUGCACUAUAGUUAGCAUCUCAUGUGCAUAAUUACUGCAUAGUUAAGUAUUUUAAUAGUGGAUUACACCACAUGAUUAAUAUCUAAUUUCCAUAGGAUAUAGACCAUCUUCCAUGUGCCAUGUUAGGAAAUGCAAAGAAGAAAAAAACAAUUUAAUGCCAAAUAAGAUUGUUCUCAUGAAGACGCUCAGAUCUUCAGCUUGCUCCCAGUAUGAAAUGUAAAGCUCUUAGUCCUCCAGCGUUAAUUACUGGACACAUUUUUAUUUUACCCUGGUUUCUCGGCUGCUUAAUCUCAUCACUGAGAUGCUUUAGGACUUUAUGUUAUUAAGUUCCCGGUCUUGUCAAACCACAUUAAGUGUAAACAGUAAUUCUCUUUUUCCCACAAAAGAUAUGAGAGAUGAUAUUUCUGAAAUGGCACCAGUGUCUAAUAGAGCCUUGAAGUGUACUUGUUAUGAAGACUAUCAUUGUGAAGCUGCCUAUGUAUUGAGUGGUAUAUGGUAUGUAUAUUCUGGUACUUGAAUCAUAUAUAAAUAUAUAGAGAUAUAUAUAUAUAUAUAUAGUAUGUUUCUUAAGGUUAUGACUUUGGUACUAGGUGAGGGUGUUAUAACAGACGUUAAGUUUAGAGAUGCUUUGAACUGACUGAGCAGGUAUGUUGGGUGUAGUGGCUCUACAGAUGUGAAGAAAUCUUAGAUCUAGUUUUGGAUCAUCUAUUCUUUUGACAAUUGAAAAGCUAAAAGUGACACAUAAAAAAAUAAACAAUAUUUUUCUUAAA